AUGAGUGAAACACUUACUACUGGAAAGUCCAUACUAUUGUCUCCGUUGACAAUAAGGGGCCAGACAUUUAAGAACCGGAUCGGUGUGUCUCCCAUGACUCAACUCAAGGCCGAUAACCAGGGCUUUGUGGGGGACUGGCAUCUGAUGAGCGCCGGCUCCUAUGCCAGUGGCGGUGCCGGACUCGUCAUGAUGGAGGGCACGGGUGUGGAGCCCAUGGGUCGCAUAUCCAAUCGUAGCCCCGGUAUGUGGAGGGAUGAGCACAUGGAGUCCAUGGCCAGGAUCGCUAGGUUUGUGAGAUCCCAGGGCUCGGUGGCCGGCAUUCAGUUAGUACACAGUGGGCCCAAAGCGGGCUGGCUGUUCGGGCACAUGGAGACCUGGGAGGGCUUGGAAACUGUGUCAGCGUCGGCCAUACCCUACUGUCCCGGCGCUACACUACCAAAACAGGCGACGGAAAUGGUGUUGAUUCGGGUGAGGGAGGCGUUCGUGUCGGCGGCGCUCCGGUCAGUGAGGGCUGGCUUUCAGGUGAUAGAGUUGCACUUCGGGCACGGGUAUCUCAUCAGCUCAUUCCUAUCGCCCAUAACUAAUCACCGUUUGGACGACUUCGGGGGUAGUCUUGAAAAUCGCAUGCGUUUUGGUCUGUCAGUCGCCCGGAGUGUCCGCAACGCCCUCCCGGACGACAUCGUAUUGGGGGUCCGGGUGUCGGUCACCGACUACUGUGACAACGGAUGGGAUUUACAGCAAACCAUAGAGUUUGCCAAACAGUUGAAACAAAUUGGCAUCGAUUUUCUGGACUGUAGUUCCGGUGAUAUCAUUCACAACGCCCCCUAUAAUCCCUUAAACCCUAAAGAGGGCGUACAUGUCGAGAGCGCUGGUACUAUACGCAGGGAAACGGGUUUAGCAACCGUAGCCGUGGGUAAGAUAGUGGACCCCCUGGAAGCUGAGAAGAUCUUGGAGACUACCGGUGCGGCGUUUGUGUUGAUCGGCCGGGCGUUUGUCAAUAACCCUCACUGGCCUUUCCUGGCGGCCGACGCCUUAGGGGAUGACCAGCCCUUCAAACACUCGGUUUUCUACGACUGGGCGGUCGGUCUGAAUAAAGGGUUGUAUAAGUGGAGGCAAACCGUGUUUUCUGCAAAACAGUGA